AUGAUAAAUAAGUUAUCAUUCAAAUUCUCUGAACCUUUGAAGGAUGUUGAUCAAGUUUAUAAUAGACAUCCCUUUCCACCUCCUUCUAAAUUAUCACAAAAUGGUGUUGAAGACGAUUUACGCCAAUUAGGUUUCGGUUAUAGAGCAAAAUAUGUUCAUCAUGUUGCUUUGACUUUAUUAGAUGAACACAAAACUGAUCAAGGCGUUUUCGAUUACUUAUGUCAACUUCGAAAAGAUCCUUACGAUGUUGUUAUACCCCAACUCACUCGCUUGAUGGGUGUUGGUCCAAAAGUUGCUGAUUGCGUUGCGUUGAUGUCACUAGAUCAAUUUGAUAGCAUUCCAGUUGAUACUCACGUUUGGCAAAUUGCAAUAAGAGAUUACAAUUUCCUAGAAUCCUCUUAUGUUAAGCUAUGCAAAGGUAGAAAAGUUACUCAAUCUACUCCUAUGAACCCUUCCAUUUACGCUGCUGUUGGUAAAAUGUUCAGGGAUUUAUGGGGUCCAUACGCUGGCUGGGCACAUACUGUACUUUUCGCUGCGGAUUUGAAAGCAUUCAAAGAUCAAUCGCCUUCUACUAAGGACAAGGAAAGCACAGCUGAGAUUAAUAACAUUAAGGUUGAGGAUAGUAAAGAGAAAGUUGACGUUGUACCAGGAGUAGUCACAACCAUUAUUAGUCCUGAUAAACAAAUUAAGGUACCCUCCAAACUCGAGAGAGUCGUCACUAUCUCCACCACCUCCGCUACCACCGCCACAAUUACCACCGCCUCAGACAAGAAGAUCGACACGCUCGAGUAG